CCUUAGUGGUGGCGAGGGGAGGCGCUGUGAGGUGGGCUGACCAACUGUAAGCAAGAGUGUGUGUGAGAGAGGAGAAGGGGGGGGUCUUCGGAGCGCACAGUGAAAUGUGUAUCAUCUCAGCAAAAACAUACGCACUAACGUGGAACGUGCAAGCGACCAGGUCAUUUCAACUAAACUUUUGUUUUGUCGUCUUAAGACUGUUUCGAUGGCGUACAAUAAACAUUUUAAUUGUAAAGCGCAAUAUUGAUUGCGACUUCGGUUCUCUUAAAGAGUGUCCGCUUCCCCUCCUCUCGAUGAAGCGCUGCGAUGCCCUCUGAUUUUAUAUCCCUCCUUAGCUCGGAUCUCGACCUCAAUUCUCCCAAAUCUCUUUAUUCCAAAGAGUCAGUAUAUGACCUCCUACCCAAAGAACUUCAACUCCAGUUGUCGCCCUCCCAGACCGACCCACCCACCAUGAGCCAAAAGAGUGGGGGAGAACCAGGACCUCCUCUGCCUGCAGCUCUGGCUUCAGAUGCCACCUCUUCCACAUCCAGCCCCUCUGCCUCCUCCUGCCUGGAUAUGGGAGCCCCAUCUACUGGCCCCUCUACAUCAUCUCCAGACCAUCUCAAGGUUCCCCAGCUUCUCCAUUCCAUUGGAGGGGAAGGGGCUGGACCUUCAGAGAUGAAAGGUUUGGAGAGUGCAGUGUCUGGCUCGAGCAGAGGCAACGGUGGGACAAGCGGAGCCGCAGGAGACCUGGGGUCUGGAGUGUUGUCAGGGAUAGCAGUCCCACAGCCUCAAAACAUGCCUUCUAAAAGGCGUCCUGUGUUGAGCAUUUCUCCUCCGCCAGAGGACCUCCUUGAUGACAGCCAAAUGUCCUGCCAAGAGGAGCCGGUUGCCCCACUGGGUCCUGAAUCGGAGCACAGCAGCAGCAUGUGGGCCGAUGACUCCGUCUCAAACUUCAGUGUGGUCAGCUCCAUCUCCUACAAUGACAACACCGAGGUGCCACGCAAGUCCAGAAAACGCACUCCUCGCCAGCGGCCUGGCCCAAAAUCCGAUCCUCCGGAGGACAGCAUGGAUGUGUUUGACGCUGACAGUGCCAAGGCUCCUCACUUUGUCCUUUCACAGCUGGGUACAGACAAGACAGGGCCCAGCUCAUUUGAAGCAGUGCCCGCGUCGAAGUCCGGGUCACUGUCGGCUCAGUUUCCCUGCAGAAGUGAUGGAAAGGAACUAAAGAUCCUGGUGCAGCCAGAGACCCAGCACAGAGCUCGCUAUCUGACUGAGGGCAGUCGAGGUUCUGUCAAGGACCGCACACAGCAGGGCUUCCCCACUGUAAAGUUUCCUGUAUUUCCUCAGUUGGAGGGAGUCAACGAGCCAGUUGUGCUGCAGGUGUUUGUAGCUAAUGAUGCGGGCAGAGUGAAGCCUCAUGGUUUCUACCAGGCUUGUAGAGUGACCGGACGCAACACCACUGCCUGCAAGGAGGUGGACAUUGAAGGCACCACCGUCAUUGAGAUUCCUUUGGAGCCUAGCAGUGACAUGACACUUGCGGUGGAUUGUGUAGGAAUCUUGAAGCUGCGCAACGCAGAUGUGGAAGCCCGUAUUGGUGUAGCAGGAUCUAAGAAAAAGAGCACCCGAGCGAGACUCACCUUCAGAGUUAACAUACCUCAAUCUGAUGGAUCCACACUUACUCUACAGGUCCCCUCAUCACCCAUCCUCUGCACUCAGCCAGCAGGAGUGCCAGAGAUCCUGAGAAAAAGUCUUCACAUCUGCUCGGUAAAAGGAGGAGAGGAGGUUUUUAUAAUUGGGAAAAACUUUCUCAAAGGAACCAAAGUUAUUUUUCAGGAAAAUAUUGCAGAUGAUAAUUCAUGGCAAGCUGAGGCGAAGAUUGACAUGGACUUUUUCCAUCAGAAUCAUUUGAUAGUGACUGUGCCUCCAUUCCACAAUCAGUCAAUUACUUCUCCUGUGCCUGUGGGAGUCUUUGUGAUGACAAAUGCUGGUAAAUCACAUGAUGCCCAGCCCUUUACCUACACUCCAGACACAGCUGAUAACUCUAAUGUCCAAAGUGUUAAAUCAGAGGGACCGUCUCUGGUUAAAACGUGUAUAUUUGAUGGCCAAAUGAAGUCGCUGUCUACUGAGCAAACUGAUUGCUCAGGUCAGCCUUGCAAACAGGAGGACACGCCUAUGGAAGUGUCAAACAAUCCAUCGCUUACUGAUGUCUACAAACCAUCCCCGGACCCUCUGGUCUCGGUGCAGCAGACUCUCGAGCUUAAUUCUAGUCCACAUCAAGGAGGAGAGUCCUUCCAGAGCCCCGUGCCCCUACAACCUGAGGACGUAGAGCUCCCACAAGCACCUUCUGUUUUCCCCAGCCUUGAAACCCUCAACACAAUACAAAAGCAAGACAUUACCUCCACAACCUCCUUCCCGGUGUCAGGAGACACCACGAUUCCUCCUGUGACUCCAGAGGUCCCUCAGCAAUUCUUAAGAGAGCCACAAGACAACCUCCCUCCUGAGAAUUCUAACAACGGUGGGGGGAUCGUGGUUGUUACCAUGCCCCAAAUAUCUUCGCCGUCUCAACCCCAGACACAACAGUCAGAGGUUCCCUUGUUUCCCCAGGAAGGAGUCGCCCAGCUAGAAAGGGCUGUGAGGGAGCUGCAGGCUGGAGGUAACACUGCCUUCCAGCAAGUGUUGGAAGCUGCUGUUGCCCAGCAGCAACUAAACUCUGUGCUCUAUAGCCCCCCACCCACUGCAGACUCUCUUCAGCAGCAUGUCCAAGAAAACAUGAACAGCCUCAGGUUGGGGACCACGGAUAAUUCACUGUCGACGCAGCAACAAUUGCAGAUGGAGCAGCAACAGCAAAUGCAGCAACAGUUUCAGCAACACCAACAGCUGCAACAACAACAGCAGAUUCUCGAUAACAUUCAGCACCAACAGCAACAACAGCAGCAGCAAGUUCUUGGCAACAUGCAGAUGCAGCAACAGCUACUGUUACAGCCCCAAGACCAACAGCAACUACAACAGCAACAGCAGCAGCUGAUGGAGAAUAUUAAACAGUUGCAACAGAAUCAGCAACAGCACGUCCUCAACAUCCAGCUGUCAGAUCAGCAACAGCAGAGUCAAAUUCUCACCAACUUACAACAUCAUCAACUGCAACAGCAGCAACAGCAACAAAGUCAAGCGCUGAGCAACAUCCAGCAACAGCAACAACUACAGCAGAGCCAGCAACAGCACGGCCUGAAUAUACAGCUCCCGGAUCAGCAACAACAGAAUCAAAUUCUUACCAAUUUGCAACAUCAUCAACUGCAACAGCAACAACAAAACCAAGCUCUCAGUAACUUGCAGCAACAGCAACAAUUCCAGGAGCAUCAGGUCUUGGAGAACUUACAGCAGCAGCUUCAGGCUGAGUUGAUGCAACCCCAGAUGAACUCCACUUCACAAGUACAACAACCAGUGUCCCUCCUCCAGCAGGCGGGAGAGCUGCUGACCAUUCAAACCAGCUUUCCAACACCACCUCCGACCCACACGUCUCCUCCUCAGCAGCUCUUUCAAUCGCCCAGGCCCCUUGCUGAGACCCAGAGCCCCCAACAGCAGGUCCAGGCAGCCCUGCUCCAAAACACACUGACUGUACUGACUUGUGGCAGUCUCGGCUCGGACCAACAGCCCCCUGGUUCAGCCCUUUACUUGUCUCCGAACCCGCCUCAACAACAGCAGCAGCUGGCGUUCAUCUCCUCCAUGGAGACAUCAGCGAACCCUUCCCAGACUGUCACAAUGUUUCAGAACCAACCCCAAACUCAGUUGUCUCAGAUGCAGCAGCAGAGCACGCCCAUGGACCAACAACAUUCUCCCCAGCAGAGCCAACAACCACCGCCACAGCUCACGAUUGGCCAGCAGAGAACUUUGUUCCAAAGUAUUCCCAAUCACUCACAGAACAACCCUGUCCCCCAGAGCCAACUGUCCCAGUCCCAACAAACUGACUUGCUCCUGUGUUCGACAAAUCUCAACGCCCAAACCAUUUCCUCAACUCUACUUUUUAGCACCCAGACCCAGGGGACUUCCCCCUUAGGAGACAUCACUGGGGGAAUCUCUCAGCCGGAACCGGCUGAGCCUAUGUCCUUUCAAGACCAGAGCUCCUCAGGCAGCACCUCCGCACCCCUUGAGAAUCGACAACAGAACCUGUUCCAGGAGCAGCAGCCGAUGCAGGUGGGCCCAAGCCCAAGCAGCGUCCAGAACAGUCAACCCGUGGAACUGUUUCUGCCAUCGACAUCUCUCUCUGGCCUCCAGAGCACUAUUGGCACACAGGAGCAGAACAAUCCAACUCCUGCUCCUGGGACAACCAUUUUUGUAGUUCAGGGUGGUAUUGGCGUUGUUGCCAGCACAGCACAGCAGCCACCAGAACAACUUUUCCAGACACCUGUAGGUGGGAAUUCACAAGCACAGGCCAACUUGUUCGUGUAUGGCAUCCAGAAUGAAUCAACGCAGAUGCAUGGUUCUGUCAGACCCUCUCUGCCAACUCAACACCAAACCCAGAACUCCGGUCACAUGCAGCCGCUGCUGGACCAGCCCAUGUCCCAGGCUGCCUCUUCCAUGCCUGUCUCCUUGCACAGCAGCUUACAGAACACCCUCCAGGCACAAAUUCAGUCCAGCUUAGAUAAUGCCCUGCAAAGCAGUCUGCAAAAUGCAAUGCAGACUGACACGCAAACUUCCCUGCAGUCAACGCUGCAGGCCUCCAUAGAGACUAGCUUGCCAACCCCAAUGCAGACCAGUCUAGAGUCAGAGAUGCAAAGCCUACAGAAUCAACUGGAGGCGUCCAUCUCUGCAGCAUCGAACAUGGAUAAAAUCGAGGACCUACUGGAAAGUCUACAGAAGUCAUGAUUAUUUGGACAAUGUGGUCAUCAGAGAUAGUGAGUUAUAUGUAGCUAAAAUGUAUUCAUUUGAUAUCCAUCCAUCCAUUCAUCCAUCCUAUAUCACUUAUAACCGUCCAGUCCAGGGUCAUGAGAGAAGCUGGAGCCAUUGCCAGCAGAAGGUGAGGUAAACCGGGUUUACAGAGUUCACCAGUUCAUCGCUGGGCCACAUAUUUAGAGACAUUCAUAAUCACGGAGACCAUUCACACUCACAUUCACACCCUCGGUCAAUUAAGAGAGUUCAGUUAACCCAAAUCUCAAACUGAGGGAGGAAACCAAAGUACCCAGAGAAAACCCACAGCAUCAGUUAAGCCGGUGAUCUUCUUGCUGUAAGGCAAGAGUGCUGACCGCCAUGCCACUGUGUGGCCUCGCGUUUGAUAGAGAAUAAAAAAUUAAAAUGAGACAGAAUCAUGCCUUGAUGGUGAUAUCUGUAUCUACGACAUUUGGUAUAGAAACCACAUGCCGCACAUAAUCCGUUUUUCUCAGUACACAAAUUAGGAGCGAACUCUGUUUAAGUGACAUUUUUAUUUUGUUUUCUGUUUUUUUUUUUGUAGAGCCAAUAUCCAUUCAUUGUUGAAUUUGUGUGUUUGUUACUGCCCCUCCUGUAGGAUCAAAGAGUUUGUCAAUCAAUCUCAGAAAUGCAGUGUUUACUCAUCUGAGUACUUUGAAAUAAUGUGAGCCUAAAAGAAGAUUGAAGAUGCAGGAUGAUGCAAGGUGGUCAGUUUUAGUGGGGAAAAAAAUUAGAAAAGGAUUGAAUGUCAACAAUGAAUUGGAAGGAAUAGUAGAAAUGUGACAGAGAUGAGGCUGUAAGACUGGACAGACCAGAUGAAACAAGCAGCAGCAGACUGAAAAAUGACACUGCACACUUUAGGUUGAAUCUCAUUUUGUGACUGUUUCAACUCACCUUCUGCAGAUACGCACAUGGUGAAGUGUGAGUAUUUCGUACGUGGAUAUGUGAGGGAAGCUGUAAAUCAGGAGGAGGACGAAGGACUUUUACGUAACAUUUAUUUCCCUUCUCUGGUGUUUAAAUUAAGCCGACCCUUUACAUACAGUAGCCAUGGGGACUUAAGUUAUAUCGUGGGAGAAAAGAAAGUUGAAGAUGUAAGGGUUAUUUUUAGUAUGUCCCUGAUUCUUCCGAAUAGAAACCAAGGGCAGAGGGACAAAAGGUUUUAGCUACAGAGACGAAAAGGAACUCCUGAUGAGAUCAAAGUGAUGUUUUCUGCUCAGUCUUCCCCAUCGAAGUCUAUAGAGAAUGACAGCCAGCAGCCGAUUGCUGUUCCAGUAUAGGGUCAGAAGGCAAGGAAAGUAUAAAUAUUUGAGGUCAAUUAACAUUGUCCUGGAAAAUUUUCAGUUAAGGCCCUUGUCAAAAGACUGUGGCGACUGACUAAUGGCUGGUACCUGGUUACGGGCUACUUCAUUGAGUCAUUAUAGAUGCAUCCAGGCUUCAAAUAGGUUAAGAUUAUGUGACUUGAUGGCUGUGUCUGUGCCCUACGGACAGUCACUAGUUAAGGUCAACAGUUUAAAAAGGAGAACUGCUGUAAUUCAUAGAAGUAACACUUCACCUCCUCAUUAGGUUAAAUAUAUGCUUUAAAAUGCAUCACAUUAAACACAUGCCUUGGCUUCAUUUCCUUGAAUUAGAGUAAUUUGCCCUCUGGAAACACACGAUAUGGAAGAGUGAGCAGUUUACAAAACAUUAUUUUAUCUCAAGUUUUGAAAAGAUGUUAAAAAAAAAAGUGAUGCCUUCGAACAUCGUGCAUAUUUAGGAUGUUAAGACACCGCAGCAGACUAUAGACAGAGAAGAGCUGAAUGUGAAAUUCAAAAAGUCCACAGCGCCGAAAGGUGAGGCUGUUAGACACUCACACAUGAGAUUCAACGUGAAUGGAAAAGAAAAUGUGACUUAGCCUUUUGUGGCCUUCUUGGCACCACUCAGUGUUUCUGUCGUGUCUAAGCCUCGUCAGCUUCCUCUCUCAGAUUUUGAGAAGCGUUUUAAGCAAGUCUAUCUUUUUGUUUUAGAGAAGUUUGGUGUCUUUUACUAAUGUAAUAUGGAGAGAGGGAGAAACGUCCACUUGUGAUGAAUGGAGUGUUGUGUUUUUAAACCCAUUUUAUAGCAAGCACUUUAUAACCUGUUUUCCUGUAACCAGCCGAACCAUGUCCAAUCACAGCUCUUUACUCACCUGACUGAAUUUCUACUUUGAUUUAGUUACAACAAAGAGACAGACACAUGGGGGAAAAACCAAAAUUUAAAAUGCCACAAUUAUUGUCUUUGUAAGAUGAAAAGCAUGUGACAAGCAUUUGGCAUUUUCUGGUGUUGGAAUAUUUUGGAGAUCUUGGACAUGGGUGUGCAGGUGAAGCCCUCUUCCUGUUCAGUCUGAGUGGUCCAGUUUGAAUCUGUUCAAAAUAGCCAUUCCCACAGAAGCAUCGUCAGCAUCGCCCUUUGUGUUCCUGACACUUGAGGGAAAACAGGAGUCUUUUGUUCAUGUAGACUGUUCAAAGUAAUGAAGGAUUUCAAUGUGAUGUUUAUUCUGUAACCCGGCAACUGUUUUUACUUUGUGUUGUGUCGAAUAGUUAGGUUUCUGUGUGGGUGUCGGUUGCCCGUACAGGCUGGCACAGAUUUGACAUUGGCACUCAGUUUCCAUCCUCUGCUAAAUGAAAUCUCUGUUACAUAGAGGCUGCCAUUUUGAUUUUGCCUCUAACGCCAUGAUCAGGAGGCACUCCUGAUGGGAAGUUGGUACUGUUGUUACCAUUUUAUACUUUUGUUGAUGUCUUGGUUGGUCAAUGCAAGGUGGAGUCCUGAGCACUGGCUGAGGUUCUGGGGGUCAAGACUGGGGAGCAUUCGCUCAGGUCAGGCUAAAGUCCGCUAGUGAAAAGUGUUUGAAAAAAAAAAACACAAAAAAAAAACCCUUGUUAUAUUUUCUCCUUUAACUCACUCAUGAACUUGAAAUAACCCAGUUUUUAACACAGACACCACUUUGACAUACUAUCAAAUACAUUUCGAACAGAUCUUUGAAGGUACUCUGCUGUGUUCACGUAACAUUUCCGUUUGUUUUUUACAUUUCUCAUAACAUGGCUCUAUUUUUGAUGCAUAGUAACACUGCUGUAUUUUCCAUAUUGGCUUUAGCCAAAAGUCCAGUUUUGUAGAGUAUGAAUAACUGAUUAGAAGUAUUGUUGCUCACACAUUUCUGCUGACAUUUUUCAUAGUCACCACCGUUGUCUUACGGCAUAGUGAUACAUUUUAAAGUAACUUAUCUUUUUAAGGAUUUUUUAUCCACAUAUCAAAAUGUAGAGUAUUUUUGUAAAAAUGAAGGGUUUAGCACAGAAUAUCAUCGCUGGUGUGUUUUUUCUUCCAGAAAAUUCGGUGACAGAUUGUCAAUAAGUAUGACUGAAACUGGAAAUGUAAUUGAAUCGGCCUGAAGGAGAAAAACAAAACAAAUGCUAGAAUCCGAUUAGACUGUUAAUACAGUAACUGUAACAUCGACGUUAACCGGUUUGUACGUUUUGUGGGUUCUUGUACGUGUGUUUUCAGCGUCAUGCAUCUCGGCAACACCUUGACUCCAUCCAUUUAACUGUAGAUCAGGCGAGAGCACGGUCGUGGUGAAGCAUUCCAUUCUUCUUGGAUACGAGAUUUAAAAGCACAUAACGUUGCAGAGGAAGUGCAGAAACAGCAAAGCCCGAUAGAGACACAGCAGAGCCGCCUGUGACUUCACUUUCAUGAAUGUAAAUGUUACCUCAUGGUGUGGAUGUAGAGGUCACUCUGCGUCCGACAUCGGACCAAUUCGAUGAAUAUAUAUGAUAUUUAGAGGUGUAGAGGGAGAUGUGGGUGAGAGGCAGGGAGGGAGGGAGAACACUGUGUGUCAUUUCUGUCCCUAACAUUUGACAGAUUUUUCAGAUUGGCAUCAUUUCACACCCUAACAUCCGGUACUUUCACUCAGAGAGAUCAAGGACACUCGAUCUGACUCUCGGAACCUUCCACCAGACGCAGCCAUUACUGUAAUGGUGGUGAAGACAGCACAUAACAUCUUUACUCAAGAUCAAUUCUCAGCCCUCCAGUCGUGUGGACGAAUAUCCUCUCGUAUUCAAAUGUGAACUAUACUGCAGGGGUAUCUUAUAUUUGAAUUUGUGAUUGCUUUCAACAGAACGUCGUGUGCCUUGAUUACUUCGCCGUUACUCCGCUGUGUUCGCUGAUGUUUCGUCACCGCUAUCCCACUCCACUCCCUUUUGUUUUCUCCAAAAUUAGUAUCACUAGUGUCUUCUCCACAGCAAACACACACACACACACAUACCAGGAUACUUUAGCGAUAAUAUUCUGUCUUUAGAAAUCAACAUCAAGAUUACACAGAAAAUACUCCAUACAUACAUGUUGUGCCGCUUGUUUCACCUUGUUUUUUGUGUUGAAUAUGCUUUAGUUUUUUUUUUACCCCCACCCACGCCUGGUGAGAUUUAUAGAUGUGAAAAAGGAGACGUCCAUGAGAAGAUGGGUUUUCAUCGAGUGCUUUCUUGUGUUGAUGUGCUUGUUGACAUUACUGUUGUUGCUGUGAAACGCUUGAUCAGAGAAAAACUCUACUUUUUAACUGUUAAUUGCCAACCAUGUGAGCUAUAUCUCUCGUGUAAUCGUUUCGCUCACCCUUCCUAGUUUGCAUCCUAUUUCGUGUACUCUCGACAGUUCUCUUUUAUCCAUUUGCCGUAGUUUGGGCUUUUAAAUAUCUUAGCCUUAAGACCCCGCAGUAGGGACAAAAGGUCAAACCUGGUGUGUUAUCAUACAUUCAAACUAUUAACAUGUACUUUGCCUUGUUAUUGACAUUUGUAUACUCUUCUGUUUAUAUCUGUAAUCCUGCUGCUACAUUAAUAAAAUAAAAAAUCAAACGUC